UGAGUUGAAAUUUUUUAGAGAUUCGGAGGCGGAAUGGGCAUGGAGCGUCUUCUAAUUUGCUCGCGGCGAGGCAAAGGACGGGUCAUACCUGCUCAGCCCAACCCAAAUUCCACCACUAUUCACUGUCUUCAUCUCUUCAGUGUGGGGUCUCCAUUACCGUCGGCUUCACUUCUUCAGCUCUCUGAAUGGAACCUCACCCACCGCCACAUCGUCUUGCUCAAUGCUGCGGUGUCUGCGACGUGGCUCUUCUGCUCUGCAAUCACCACGCUUCAGGCUUUCAAGAGACCAAUUCAAUCACUUGAAAAGCUGAUGGAUGUUAUGAGGGAAGAGCUUCCUAACACAAUGGUUGUUGUUCGUUUAUCCGGGAUGGAGAUCAGUGACCUCACGAUGGAGCUCAGUGAUCUUGGGUUGCCGUUACCAUUUCACAGCUGCUAUUGCUUAAUCUCUCCUUGCAGUGCUUGUACCAAUUGUUGGUGUGGGUGCUUUUCUGUGGUGGGCAAGGCAGGAUAUGGUUCAAGACAGUGUAAGAUUACUUCUAUUUUUUCUCUUGCUCACUUCUUAAAGCUCAUAGUUUUCUUCAACUAUGGUAUUAAACAUCUAUUGUCGCCUAGUGAAAACACAACUCAAGUUGUUGAGUGCUUUAAUUUCCAUGGUCUCAAUUUGGUCAUUCCCUCUACGAGUUUGGCACCUACAAGUGACUAGUAAAACCUUUUUAAUUAUUUAAGUCAGCAUCAAUUAUUUUUUUAACAAUAUAUUAGGUCUUACAUGAUGUUUUGGCAUUUGUGGACAGUUAAUUUAUCAAUCUACAGAUCUUCUAGUGGAUGGUGUACCGAAACGCUCUAUGAUUUUCUUUUAUUUGGAGUUGACAAUUAAGUAAUGUUUGCGUGCUCUUGAUUUCAAAAAACUGUAUCACAAGUGCGAUAUAAACAGAUAGUCCGGAUUGGUGUUGGAUAGUUUCCAUGGAUGGGCAUGUAGAAAUCUAUUGUGUUAUAAUGAGUUCAUUCUUUCCCAUGUGAGAUGUAUCAGAUAAAUGCAUGAUAUGUGUAGGAUGUUUGAAAAAGGUUUGAGUACGCAAGUGAUACUCUUUCAUGUAACAAUUCACAAACGCUUCAUCCACAUCUUGUAAUCAAGUAAUUUCGGAGUAACAUCCUGAGGGUGAUUUUCAAUUGUGAAGGUUUAUUUAUUUCUUACUCUGAUGUCUUCUGCCUUUAAUGAACAACAACCAUUGUUCCCAUAAAGUGCCAUAUAGUGAGGACUUGAGAAAAUAGUUAU